AUUAUAUUAACUUAUAAUCAUUUCAUUUACAAUGCAUUAUAGUUUGAAUUGGUUUACUUCCCGGAUAUAUGGCUCAGUCAUAAGGAACAGUACCGAUGGUAUAACGUUGACUAUCAGAUCGGAGUAUUGAUAUCUCGAUCGUCGCUAAGUUUGUUUAAAAUCAAACCGAUUUAUAUUCUGGCGAUUCUUCAAUCCGUCAAUCUAUCGGUUGUGUUGACACACAUUUGGUUACGAUAUAUACCAAACAUUUGGAUUGUGUUAUCUCUGAUCCUAUUCGAGGGACUGUUAGGCGGAGCCGCUUAUGUCAACACAUUUCACAGGAUAUACACCGAAGUGAACCAUAAGUACAAAGAGUUUGCCCUCAGUAUCGUAACAGUAAGUCCUGCCAUCGGUAUAACGAUCGCCGGCUUCUCAGCCAUUCCUGUCCACGACUACAUCUGUAGACACAUUCACUUUUGACAUU